CUGCAAGAUUCAAAAAGAAGAGAAUGUGCAAGCCGGAACUUGCACCAGCUUGAAGUUGCAGAACAUGCUGCGACACUAAAUUGACUAAUUGAGCAGGUUCUGAAGCCUCUUACAGAUUCCAAAGCAUAGGAGCGAUUGGCGCAAAGUCCUUGUUACAUCAAACCCAAGCUCAUUUGGUGCAGCUGUGUUUCUUAGCACGUUUAGCCAUGGCGUUAGUUAAUGCGGUGCGCCAUCCCCUUCGUUUCAGAACCACAUGUUUCAGCUGCACAAUUCGUGGAGCACAUGAGGUAGAGUUCCUUCCAAGUGUCAGAAUUGGCAGACGCCUGCGUGAGCAUAACCGAUUGACACCACCACCUUGGCCUUGCUCGGCCCGCCUCUUCUCCACCUUUCCAAAGCUCGAACAGACAAGGCAAAGCAAGAAAGACAUUUGCAGAGGCGCAGCGAUUGCAAGGGCUGCAACAAAAACGGCGCAGAAGACAGAAACAGCAGAAACUGCGAAAGAAGAUGCUGGUUGCUUGACCGAAGACGACGAAGCCGAGCCUCAAGAUGGCAAUGGAGCCAGCCUACAAGUUGAAGACGUCGAGUUGCCCCCAGAAAACGACUCUGAUACCGCGGCAGUCAGCUUCACAGUUGUGGGAGCGACAGGCCACCUUGCAACCCAGGAAAUCUUUCCAGCUCUCUUUGCCCUCUACUACAAGGGCUGCUUGCCCAAGAACUUCUUCAUUUUCGGCUAUGCUCGAAGCGAAAGCAACGACAAGCAGUUCCGUGAGCUCAUUCUGACCAACCUGAACUGCCGGCUGAGCGCAGGGACCAAGUGCCCCCAGCAGAUGGACAGCUUCCUCAAGCGCUGCUUCUACGAGCAAGGCUACUACGACACGUGCACCGGCAUGGCCAAGCUCGACAAGCGCAUGAAACAGCUCGAGGGAGAGCGCGUCGGCAACCGGGUCUUCUAUCUUUCCGUGCCCCCGGACGUGGUCGUGGAUGUCGCCACGUGUCUGAGCGUGACGGCGCCGAGCCGCACGGGGUGGACACGUGUCAUUGUGGAGAAACCGUUUGGGGCGAGCGGGGAUUCCUCCAAGGCCAUCACGCAGGGGCUGCAGGAGGCCCUGUCCGAGGAGCAGAUCUACAGGAUUGAUCACUUCCUAGGCAAGGAGCUGAUCGACAAUCUGACGGUGCUGCGCUUUGCGAACUUGAUCUUUGAGCCGCUCUGGUGCCGAGACUACAUCAAAAACGUGCAAAUCGUGUUCACAGAGGACAGCGGCGUGGACGCGCGCGGGAAGCACCUGAACCAGUACGGCAUCAUCCGCGACAUCGUGCAGAGCCACGUGCUGCAGGUGCUCGCGCUUUUCGCUAUGGAGCAGCCCGUCAGCCUCUCCGCAGAAGACAUCCGGGAUGAAAAGGUCAAGGUGCUUAAGUCGCUGCGGCGGCCCACGCUGGACGAGGUCGCCCUGGGCCAGUACAAGGCCCGCACGAACAAGAGCGGCGACAUCCUCGACCCGGGAUACCUGGACGAACCGGACGUCCCAGCCAACAGCCUGGCGCCCACGUUCGCAGCAAUGGCGUUCUACAUCGACAAUGCGAGGUGGGACGGAGUCCCGUUCCUGGUCAAGACCGGGCAGGCCAUGCGCAACCAGAGGAACGAGAUUCGGAUCCAGUUCAAGGGCGUGCCCGGUAAUUUGUACCGGGAGCAUUUGGGGUACAACACCGAGCAGCAGGCGAACGAGCUGGUCAUCCGGGUGCAGCCGGACGAGGCCAUCUACCUCACCAUCAACAACAAGGUGCCCGGGCUGGGAGUCAAGCUGGACCAGAGCCGGCUUAACCUGCUCUACCGGCAAGAGUACAACAACGACGACAUCCCGGACUCGUACGAGCGCCUGCUGCUGGACGUCAUCAACGGCGACAAGCGGCUCUUCAUCCGGGCGGACGAACUGGCCGCCGCGUGGGAGGUUCUGGACCCGGUUCUGCGGGAGAUCGACGACCGGGGGAUGGUCCCCGAGCUCUACACCUACGGCAGCCGGGGCCCCAUCGGGGCGUACUACUUGGCGGCCAAGCAGGGCGGGGUGCGGUGGGCGGACCUGGACGAUUUGUAAGCGUUCGGGGGGGUGGCAGGGGUGCUUAAAGUUCCUGGGAAGAAGUAGGAAUGGCAGUCGGAAGGUGCCGUGGGCGGGCCUGGACGAUUGUAAACUUUCAGGGGGGUUGGCGGUAUGUAGCAGGGGAUUAGUUAGGCAGGGGGGAGAAAGUGGUUUUGGCAUUCGGAGGGCGGCGCUGCUUGGGCGGGUUGUGUAAGCGCCGGGGUCGGCCCGAGG